AUGCGCCGGCUUUUUGGUCGGAAGUUGCACGAACGCUGGAUUUCGAACGAUGUCGGCGAGACGAAAGACGAAAGACCCCAGAUUGCUGCUUUGCAGAAGGAGGGUCCUACUUCACAAAAGAGCUUUCCUGUCGGCAUCAAAGCGCUAUAUUCUUCUCAAUGGAGCGUCGUUGACAUUGUAUUUGUUCACGGAUUGACUGGAGAUCGUGAAAAGACCUGGGCUUUGGAAAAUCAAGAACCUUGGCCGAAGACUUUAUUGCCGACCGAGCUGCCCAACAUUCGUGUGUUAACAUUCGGUUAUGAUGCUAACGUAGUGAACCUCGGUGGUGUAGUAUCCGAGAAUCGCAUCGCUAACCAUACCAUGAACUUAAUAACAGCACUCGCGAGCUAUCGCGAAAAGGAUGACACUCAAGAACGUCCAAUCAUAUUUGUGUGCCACAGUUUAGGUGGACCUGUUUGUCAAGAUGCCCUCAUCCAUGCACGAGAAAGACCAGAACUACAUCUGAAGCAGAUUUAUUUCUGCUGUCGCGGCAUCGUCUUCCUUGGAACGCCUCAUCGAGGGGCAGGGCUUGCCAAGUGGGGUGAAAUGCUGGCGCGUGCUCUUGGGUUGAUUAAGCAAACAAAUUCAGGAAUACUAGAAGUCCUAACACGGGAGACUGAGGUUCUUGCACGUGUUCAGGACGGCUUUUUCACCAUGAUCCGGUCGCGAAAUCAAGAGAAAUUGCCUCCUGUAGAUAUCACUUGUUUUUUUGAGGAGCUACCGCUGGCUGGAAUUGGACUUGUCGUUCCUCGAGAAUCCGCCGCAGUGCCAGGCUAUAUACCCAUCUCAAUCCGACAGAACCAUAUGGAUAUGACAAAAUUUGCCUAUGACGAGGACCCAGGAUUUACGGCAGUGGUUGGAGAGCUCAGGCGGUGGAUUCGCCAGAUAGCAAACCCCAUUCCGAAACCAGCGGAAUCACCAAAAUGUACGUAA